GUGCAAUGCAACUCAGCGACAAUCAAUGAUAACGAAUCGUCGUCACUUGUACGGGACAAACCCUAUAAAAAUAAACUGUUCUGGCUGCCGUUUUCCGUAGUCGGAGGGCGAACUUCACGCGGAUCGCAACAGAGCUCGCGUCGUACCUGAGGGGGUAACUAGUGUCCGGUAGAUGUCGUCAUAACUGUUCUGAACUCGCGUAGAACAGCGUUCACCUGUGGUUCACCAAUUGCACAUCCUUCAAGUGGCGAUAUCGUAGAGAUCAACUUGGCCGAUGUACAGUUUUUAAAGUGUAGAAUAUCUGUGAUUGAUGACUUCAGUAGCGGUUGAAGUAUGAUUAAUACGUGGAAUAUCGUUAUCGCACUGCAAUUCGUCUGGCCGUUGCAAUUCGGGUUAGCUCUUGAAGUUCCUUUUCAUGAUUCGUUGCUUCAUGAGGGUGAAACAUGCACCUUGGCGGACGGAAAAACUCAUGGAACGUGCCGCCGAGAUAUCGAUUGUCUCUCUUUGAUGAUUGUACCACAGGAUAACUGGAAGACAUGUUCAUUCGAUGAAAUUUCUGCGAUCGUCUGCUGUCCAGAGUUGGAACCUCACACUCUUCAUGAUACGUCAGAUCGCUUCAAACGCAUAAGUGAUGAUAUUUGCGCAGGAUUUAGCGAUAUGCCUGUAACCGAAAAUCACAUUCUCAAUGGAACGGCAGCCCAGGCCGAGGAUUUCCCCUAUCUGGGCGCUCUACUACUACAGGAUGCUCGUGACGUACUGAAUGAAUCAUGGUACGGUUGUGGAGCUAGCCUUAUUUCUGAUCGAUUCAUGCUGACUGCCGCACAUUGCCUAGUUGGCAAGAAAGUCGUUCACGUUCGGCUUGGAGCUCUGAGUCUCGAGGAUGUCAAAGGCGAAGAACCGGUAAUUAUCGGCAUCGAAGAAACGUUUAUCCAUCCAAACUAUACCAAAGUCAAACGAAAAGCGAUUCCCAGAAAUGAUAUUGCUCUGCUCAAGCUGAGUCGCAAGGUUGUCGAAGAUUUCUUGAUACCGGCCUGUUUGUACACGGAACCAUUCGAUCCCUUACCGGAUAAACCGUUGGCGAUUGCCGGAUGGGGUGGUAACGAUACUGAUGAUGAGGAAAUGUCUUCCAUCUUACUAAAGGCUCAAGUACCGAUUUACGAGCGAAAUAAGUGCGAUUUUGAUUUAAGAAACGCCCCAAAAGGACCAACCCGACUAUACGACGAUCACUUGUGCACCCUUGGUAAAAGCGACGGUGAAGUUAUGAACGACACUUGCGUCGGCGAUUCCGGAGGGCCGUUAGAGCUGUCCGUCGGUCGUCGAAAGUAUAUUGUGGGCAUUACUUCCACGGGUAAAAUAUGUGGUACGAAUUUCCCGGGUAUAUAUACCCGUGUGUCACACUUCAUUGAUUGGAUUGUGUCGAUUGUUUGGCUCAGAAAAGGAAUAAAUUAAUCUAGUCAAUUAUGAAACUGGCUUUCGCAUGCCCUCAAUCAAACACAUUUGUAGUUUGAAUACGAUUCAAAUAUAUAAUAAGUAUUUAAUUAUGUUUUGCGGAGUUUCGACACCAUCAAAUCACACCAAAUGGAUAAAUCUUUGAUCGAUUGUCAGACAAUAACAGCAACAACUACAACAGCAACACGUGCUCUCAGUUCUACCAUCAAAGGUAGCAGAUAUAGCUGGAUUUCAAUUAUCAAUGUUAAUUGUAUGUAUGAGGCUCUGCAUUUCUAACAGUGCAGUAAUCAAAGGCUGUAAAUUAGGAUAAGUAAAUAAAGAAAAUAAAUCAUUCUGAGGAUUUGAGAAGUUUGGAAUGUUUGGUUUGAGAUACUAGAUUUUCUAAGACAACUUUUUGCAAAUCUCUCGAAUAUAAAAUACGAUUCUGUUGAUCACAUUACAAUGUGCUGAUUUGUGGAGUGAUAAUAAAACAAGUAUUAAUAGUUUCGUGAUUGAAUAAUUGAGACAGGAAUACUGGUAUUGUGACGAGAUGAACCAGGCGAAGGCUGAAAAUCUCAAUAGUGAAAAUAAGUUAUAAUAAUAAUUGAUUUUGUUUAAUAUUGUUCAAGUAGAUAUCAGAUAUUAGGUAACUAUAAAAAUGAUACACAGAAAUAGUUUUUAUAAG